UCAAAUUAUUGUCGGGCAUUUACGAAUGGAGACAACCUUCGAUCGAUAACAGAAUUGUGACGUAAAUUCGACUGUCAGUGGGUUCAGUGAAUAUUUGUGGUGGCCAAUAAGUUAUAUCAAGUGUUCCAUGUUUAGUAAUUUCAUUUAAAAUCGAAAUACGCUGAAAAUAAUCCUCCAGAUCCAUUUUUCUGUUAAAAGUAAAACAUACACGCAGGUGCGUACGCAGACGUAGUGAUAAUAUUAACUGAGCCUGCUCCAUUUCUGAUAAACGCGGGAUGCGCUCAACUAAAAAAUUUUCACCAAUCAAUGUUAUGGUUGAUAUAUUAUUUUACUAAUGAUGAACGGAAAUCAAAGUAACUCGGAACAGAUAACAAUGGUUGUCAGUUCUCCUGGGGAAAUGUCUGUGGCUUCUGAUGAUGAUGAUGACAACAUGCCAUCGUCACCAGGUUCUGGUUAUGAGGAAAGUCAUGACCUAUUGGCAGCAGCAAUGGGAGAUGAGGUGACUGCUCAACUGGCUGCAGCAGGACCAGUUGGUGUUGCGGCUGCAGCAGCAAUAGUAUCUGCAAAGAAACGCAAACGUUCAUACUCGUUCGAAACGAAUCCUUCAAUAAGAAAAAGACAGCAAAAUCGAUUACUUAAGAAAUUAAGACAAACCAUUGAUGAGUUCACAACUAGAGUUGGUCAACAAGCUGUUGUUUUAGUUGCAACUCCUGGAAAACCAGUCACAAGUUACAAAGUGUUUGGAGCAAAACCUUUGGAAGAUGUAAUCAAGAACUUGCGAGGAAUGGUAAUGGAUGAGCUUGAAAAUGCCUUAGCUCAUCAAGCUCCUCCACCCAUGCAAGACGAUCCUACCCUAUUCGAAUUGCCACCUCUUAUAAUAGAUGGUAUACCAACUCCUGUGGAAAAAAUGACACAAGCUCAACUUCGUGCAUUUAUUCCAUUGAUGUUGAAAUAUUCCACUGGGAGGGGAAAGCCAGGUUGGGGAAGGGAAAGUACCAGACCUCCAUGGUGGCCUAAGGAGUUGCCGUGGGCAAAUGUUAGGAUGGACGCACGAAGUGAAAAUGAAAAACAGAAGAUAUCGUGGACUCAUGCACUGAGGCAAAUUGUGAUCAAUUGUUACAAGUUCCAUGGCAGAGAAGACCUAUUACCUACCUUCACCGAAGAGGAUGAUAAAAACAACAUUCAGUUACAUACCAAUGUCAGUAGUUCUGUUGGUGUACUUAAAAUGCAUACAUCGGGCAUGGUCCCUACUCAUAAGAUACAGAUCCAAGCUAACGGCUCGCCUCAAAUUAUAACAACCUCGCCGGAUGGUACAUCUGCGCAAGUCUGCUUAGAUCCUGCAGGCUAUAGCUCAGAUGUUGAUAUUGCAACGCAGUAUGCCCCGACUGUACUUCAUACCAUUACCAAUGCUGAUGGUACUGUGAGCAUUGUACAAGUUGACCCCAAUAAUCCAAUUAUCACCCUACCUGAUGGCACAACUGCCCAUGUCCAGGGUAUGGCUACUCUACAAUCGAGUCAAGGAGAUGGCACCCCAGUUCAUACAAUACAAACCAUAACUGAAGGAGGAGGAGCCGGAGAGGUUGUAGAUUUGAAUUCUGUUACCGAAGCUACACUAAAUUCUGAAGGACAGAUUAUAUUGACAGCUGAAGAUGGACACGAAUACCCCGUUUCAGUGAGUGGCGUCAUCACUGUUCCAGUUACAGCAUCUAUGUAUCAAACAAUGGUGGCAAACAUUCAACACCUUCACACAAACAGUGACGGUACAGUAUGUGUCACACCAGUUGUUCAAGUUCCAAAGGUGGAACCGAACAAUGGAGAUAGUAUGGAAACUUUAGCAGUUACCCCAAAUAGUUUAACCACACAUUCAAUGAUGAUUCAAAGUUCAAGUAGUGACCAACCCCAAGUUUUACAGGUGUUAUCAUUAAAAGACGCAACUGUUUUAACGAAAGCGAUGCAAGGUAUAACAGAUGUUAAAACUGAAGAAACUAUAAUCAAUGAUCAAUAGGCUGGAUGAGUCCAUUUUUUCUAAUAUCAAAAAAUUUGCAUCGAUUAAUUUAUGCUUGUAUGUUUGUAUUCUUAACUGUUUGGAAGGAUAUUUGCUAAUUAUUGUAUAAUAAAAGUUAGUAUCGAUCUUUUGUCCUGCUUCCACCCCUGGAAGUGAAUGUUGCAAAAUUUUGUUUUCCUAGUGGUUUAUUUUUCUUACUUUAAUCUCGGUAUUUAUUUUAGGUGGUGAAAGUAUCACAAAUUAUCGAAAUAAUUUUUUUGCUAUUAAUGUUUAACCAUUUAAUUUAUAUAUUAUUUCUGUUUAAUUUCAAUAGGUGUUAAAUGUUGUUACUAGAUAUUAAGCAAAAUGGGUACAAAGAAUGAUUAAUGAUUUCAUUGAAUAUUCUGGAAAAUGUUGUACUGAUGAUACGCUUUUGGCUGUUUUUAUCGAAAAACUUGCUCUGAGCCUUCUUUCAUUUUGGUGAAAAUUAUUUGUCGAAUUCUGUCCUCAUUGUGUAUAUUAAUGAUUAGUUAUAGUUUAACCAUUCUAGUUGAAAUACAAGUCAUUUGAGAAACUUUACCUUGACAAAAAAAAAAUUAUAAUUUCGAGAUUUUAUUCAUGUUCAACAUACUAAUAUUGUCAGUAUUUGCUCAUUAUCAUGAGAUAACACUAGUGAAUAAUUAGAUGCGGAUUAUUUGAAUUUAGUUGAACUUAUGGUUAUUUAUUUUCUUUAUUUUGCAUGGUACAAUUGGCUUUGUACAUGCCGAAGUUGUAGAUAAUUUCUUAGUAAUUUUAUAAAUUACGAAUUGUUUAUUCUGUAUAAAAAAAAUUUUAAUAGCUCUUGAAGACCACUGCCUUAUUGACAAGAACUUAUUAGCUUUGUGAUUUUUUUGAAUUGCUUUAUACAUGUGAAAUUUACCAAGAGCACUUGACAAAAAGUUCAAUUCAGAAUGAAAAUGUUUUCUCUCAAAUGCCAAUAAUUUUUGUGUGAUCAAAAACGAUGUGGUCCACCAUAUUCAAAGAAAGCUCCUGAGAUCCUUGGAACUCGAUGAGAACUUCUAUGUAAUUAUGUCUUCUAUUGAAUGUGAAACAUUUCGAAACUGAUGAGAUAUUUUUUCUAACAUAUAUUAAGUUGAUUGUACUAUUUGAAUUGAUUCUUUUAGGGGCAAUAUAAAGGUUCAAAUAUUUGUGAUAAAAAAAAUUGGGAAUUUCUGUUAUCCAUUUUUUAAAACUUGCUUUUGUUAUUUGAUUAUAUUGUUAUUGAUGCAAAUUUCGUUAUAAUAUAGAAAUUUCCAAUUUUUUGAGUUUGGAAACAUCUUGGCUCAUUCAUACCAAUUGAAUAUGAAGCUUGCAAGGGAAAGAUUUGAAUUUAUUCUUUGAUUAUGAUUACCUAUUAUUUUAUUUUGAUUCAUAUUUCUGUAGACAAACAAAUAUUUUAUACACUAUUGAUAGUAAUUUUGUUAUAAAUGGUCUAACAGGACCACUGGUUUUAAGAAUUAUUUACUGUUAAUAUGCUAGUCCAAUAUCAGAAUUUUUUUUAACUUCUGAUGCAUGCUACAGAAACAAAAACUGUAUAUUAACAUUAUCCUGAGUUUAUUGUAGAAAAGAUAACAACUAUUUUGAUAAUUUUCGAUUUCAUAUUUUUAUUCAACAAUGCCAUUAAGCAACGCUAGAGGCAAUUGUACAAAAUAUAUCUGAAAUAUUCUUUUGAAUUACUACACUUGGAAAAAUUUCUAUUAUUAUUCUGGAGAGGUUUUACUUGUAAUUAUGCAGUUUUUGUAUUGACUUUCAAUUCGUGUGUGCACUCGUCACCCUUUAAAUGAUUAGUGUAUAGUCGUCAGUGUAAAUAAGUUUUCCCUAGAUAAUAAAUAUUUGGUACUUGUAAAGUAGCUUUUUUAGAAUUAUACCAAUUGUUAUUUACGUUUAAUGUCUUAGGUAUGUUGAAAGUAUGUGCACGAAAAAAAAUUUAGUGUGUAUAGACAGAAAUGACGGAUUCUGAUAAAUAUGUUAUGUGGUUCCCUGUUGACGUGCCAUCCAGUUACUUUCACACUUUCCUGUCUACUUAAUAUUACAUACACAAAUUGUAUUCUCAUUUUCGAUAAUAUGAUGUAUUAAUAAACCAAAUAUUAUAUUUU